GCCGUUGUCACCCCCAAAGAACCACGUGACCCUCCUCAGUAGUUCCCAGGCGAUCGUUCACGGAGAGCUGGAGAAAUGUCUCUUGGUCGCCUGGCCCUGCUCCUGUCCCUGGGGCUCCUGUGUCUCUCGCUGUCCCUCAGUGUCUCCGCUCAGUCCGAGGAGGACGAGGAUCUUUUGGAAGACCUCAAUGAUGUGGACGUAGAGGAUGAAGACCUGGAACUGGCCCAAGACCAAGAUCUGGACCAAGAUGAAGACUCAAGUCCUCCUGAGACCAAAGCCCCACCCACUCCCAAAGUGACGUACAAGGCUCCAGAGCCCAGAGGGGAGCACUACUUUGCAGAGUCCUUUGACAGGGACACAAUGGACGGGUGGGUCCUGUCCAGUGCCAAGAAGGAAGAUGCAGAUGAAGACAUCGCCAAAUACGACGGUAAAUGGGCAGUGGAGGAGAUGAAGGACACCAAACUUCCAGGAGACAAAGGCCUGGUGCUGAAGUCCAGAGCCAAACACCACGCCAUCUCCGCCCAGCUGCUCAGGCCCUUCUCCUUCACCAACAAGCCCCUCAUUGUGCAAUAUGAGGUGAACUUUCAGUCUGGGAUCGAUUGUGGAGGGGCCUACGUCAAACUGCUCACCCAGACUCCAGAUCUAGAUCUGGCCCAGUUUGUGGACAAGACCCCGUACACCAUCAUGUUUGGACCAGACAAAUGUGGAGAGGACUACAAGCUGCACUUUAUCUUCAGACACAAGAACCCUAAAACCGGAGAAUAUGAAGAAAAGCACGCCAAGAAACCCGACUCAGACCUGAGAACCUACUACACCGACAAGAAGACCCACCUCUAUACACUGGUGCUGAACCCUGAUAACUCAUUCGAGGUGCUGGUGGACCAGACAGUGGUGAACAGUGGAAGCCUGCUCACAGACAUGACGCCUCCAGUGAACCCCGCUGCGGAGAUCGAAGACCCCGACGACCACAAGCCGGAGGACUGGGAUGAGAGAGCCAAGAUCCAGGACCCUGAUGCCACCAAGCCUGAGGACUGGGAUGAGGAUGCGCCUGCUCAGGUCCCUGAUGAGUCUGCAGUUAAACCUGAAGGCUGGUUGGACGAUGAGCCAGAGUACAUUGGAGACCCCGACGCCCUCAAACCAGACGACUGGGAUGAGGACAUGGACGGUGAGUGGGAGGCUCCUCAGGUCCCUAACCCCAAAUGUGAGACUGCUCCUGGGUGUGGCGAGUGGAAGAGGCCUAUGGUGGAUAACCCCAACUACAAGGGCAAGUGGAAGCCCCCCAUGAUUGACAACCCCAACUACCAGGGAGUGUGGAAGCCCCGUAAGAUCCCAAACCCAGCCUUCUUCGAGGACUUGGAGCCCUUUAAGAUGAGUGCGUUCAGCGCAGUGGGCCUGGAGCUGUGGUCCAUGUCGUCCGACAUCUUCUUCGAUAACUUCUUCAUCACUGAUGACAGGAACGCAGCAGAAAGGUGGGCAGCAGAAGGAUGGGCCCUCAAGAAGACUGCAGAGAGUGCUGCCGAGCCUGGUUUAGCCACUCAGAUGCUGUCUGCUGCAGAGGAGCGUCCGUGGUUAUGGAUCGUGUACGUCCUGACCGUCGCUCUUCCUCUCGUCCUCAUCAUCGUCUUUUGUUGCACUGGGAAGAAGAAGACCCCAGCUGCAGAGUAUAAGAAAACCGACGAGCCACAGCCGGACGUGAAGGAGGAAGAGGAGGAGGGCCAGGAAGAAGACAAGACCAGCCCAGCGGAGGAGGCAGAGGAGGUGGAGGAGGACGCAGCUGAAGCAGAGGAAGGAGAAGAAGGAGAAGAAGGAGAGGAAGGAGAGGAAGGAGAAGAGGAGGAAAAGGCAGAAGAGCCAGAGAAGGACACAGAGGCUGAUGAGAAACUGGAGGAGGACAUUCUGCGCAGAUCUCCCAGAAACAGGAGACCUCGAAAGGACUAAACAAACUCCUCUGUCCCUAAAAGCACCCUAAACCCUGCCCCUUCUCUCUGAGGGCAUUGGAUAACAGCCACCAGAAGACCCUUCCCUUCCGCCCUGAGGAAGAAUCUGAUUGGAUGAAAAGCCUGGGACUGAGAGAAUUUUCAGAAACUGUAUCAUUCCAUAAAAA